AUGGGACUGGCCCUUCAGCAUUCUCACAAAGAAGUCAGGAUCCAGUUGCAGUGGGAGGUGUUCCGUCCCCAGGUUGACCUCUGUACAGACUGGUCAGUGGAUUACCUGAAGUACCGUGUGCUGCAGGGAGAGCCGGUGAGGCUGAAGUGUGCCCUAUUCUACGGCUACAUCCGGGCCAACUACAGCCAGGCUCAGAGCGUGGGCCUCAGCCUCAUGUGGUACCGCAGCACUGGCCUGGGCCACGGAGACUUCGAGGAGCCCAUCUCCUUCAACGGCGUGCGCAUGAGCAAGGAGGAGGACGCCAUCUGGUUCAGACCGGCCGACCUGCAGGACGUGGGCCUCUACUCCUGCGUUCUACGGAAUUCAACCUACUGUAUGAAGGUGUCCAUGUCUCUCCACGUGGCUGAGAACGACACAGACCUCUGCUACAACUCUGACAUGAGACAUAUGGAGAAGGCCGAACUCAGCAAGAGCAAAGACAUCACCUGUCCAGACAUAGAGGACUACAUAGAACCUGGGAAAGACCCUCAUAUCAUCUGGUUUAAGGAGUGUCGUCCUAAGCAGUGGCGGGCCUCCAUCCUCCAGAGAAGAGACUCUCUGUCCAUCAGAGAGGUCAAAGAGGACGACAUCGGCAACUACACCUGUGAGGUCACCUUCGGGGCCUUCGUGGUACACAGGACCACUGAGCUCACCGUCACAGUUUGGAAGAAUAUCUCCACUUCUUGUUUAUUUGACGUUAAAGCACCUCAGUUCUGA